UCGAGGGGCGGAUCGGUUCGGGGAUGGCCAUCCCCUUAUUCGGGAGGCUCGGAGGAUGGUGCGGUUGAUGCACGAUGUUCAGAUAGGACAUGUGUUCAGGGAGGCGAACAGGGUCGCAGACUGGGUCGCCUCUUAUGUUGCCCGGCACUCCGGUGAUUUUACCUGGACGUCUGAUUAUGACGUUCCUCCUUCUUUGCUCUUUUUACUUUCUCGCGAUUUAGCAGGUUGUACUCACGUUAGAGUUAUAUGAAAUGAGUAGCCGCUUUUACCACAAAAAAAAAAAAGAGACCCAAAAAGAAAAGAGCCUAGUCUACUUUCAGCUUUUUAGAAUUCCAGCCAACUCAAAGCGCCUCGUGGCUUCCCCUGGGCUAUCAAACUCAUAUGUCAUCUUGUUUAAGGUUGACAGUGGUAUGAAAACCCUUGGUUGGUAGCUACCCAGCCAUAGCAAUGUUUCGGACGAGUCCAAAACUCCAAACUGACCUUCUCACGCUGCCGACGUUCAUCUCACCUGCUUCCUCACCCAUUAAAGAAAGACAAUGUUCCAAGUUUGAAAGCACCAAUUAAUGGCCCUCACAUUCUUCAGACCUCCCCACCAAGAAAAAAAAAAAAAAACAAAGAGUCAUUUAAAACUCACCUCGUUUCCAACGUUCUCUCCUCCACCCUUUCCACCUUUCUCCUGCUGAUAACAGUAUACAUCAUGCGCUUGUUAACGGUGCUGAGCUGUUAUCCAUAUUUAUCAUGUUUCUUUCCAUCCUUCGUAUACUCUUACAAAGCUUGCAUCAUUCCUUGAAUUCUGAUAACGGCCAUGGCAUCCUUCUGGAGAGAGGUCAUCCUCACUAGCUCCCCCGACAAGCCCAUCACAGCCCACGACCCUCUCACCGGCACCCUGCUUGCCCACUUCUCCGGCAGCCGCCCCCCUCGCAAAGGGCUCGCCCUCGCUGGCAACACCCUCAUUGCCGCCUCGCACAUUUCAGCCGCUGCUGCAGGCUUUAUUAGGCUCUACAACUGGUGGUCCUCCGCCGCUCUCCACUGCAUCCAAGCCCCCGAACCAGUAGCUCCCCUUGCUGCGACUCCAGACGGCUCCUACCUUUUCUCUGGGGGCCUCUCUGGCUGCAUCCAUGCCUUCUCUCUUCCCUCCGGUGAUCUGUGCCGCUCGUUUCGGGCACACCGCCAGGCUGUGUCGUGUCUCGUCGUCAACGACGAUGGCUCUCUACUAAUAUCGGGCGGUGAUGAUGGCACCAUAGCAAUAUUCCCAAUCCUUCGACUUCUAGAUGAUGCCUCCAAUGAAGAGGAUCCUGCCCAACUUGCAUUGAACCAAUUCUCUGCGCAUGGCUCGUCGGUGACAGGCAUCGCUGCAGGGCCAGGCGGAUGCAAUGCUACUGUAGUUUCAAGCUCGCUUGAUUGCACUUGUAAGCUUUGGAGCCUGGCAGAUGGUGUCAAGCUGCGAACUGUGCAAUUCCUGUGCGCAAUUUGGUGUGUUGCUGUGGAUCCUACUAGUUCUGAGUUCUAUGCUGGUGGAUCAGAUGGGAGGAUAUAUGUUGUACCACUAAGAGUAGGAGGAAGAAAGCUACGAGAUGCUGGAGCAGAGGUUACAGCAUGGGAAUCAGAGCGGAAUGGAGCAGUGAUGGCAGUGGCAAUGGCACACGGGCAUCAGAACUUGAUAUCAGCUUCCGAAGAUGGGAUCAUAAGGAUUUGGGAUGUAGAGAGCACAUCGGUGGUUCGGAUUAUUGGACUUGCGGGGGGUGCCCUUAGCGAUCUUAUAGUGGUGAAAGGGAUCAAUGCGAUCAAUGGAGCUCGAAAGGGAGAUGAAGUCGUGUCCAAUGGGCGGUUUUGUGAGAGGGAGAUGGGUAGAAAUGUUAAUGAGCUGAGAGAUGUGGAUGAAUGCUUGAGUGUAGCAGUGAAGGACAGGAGUAGGGCCAUUGACAAGCUUGAGGCUGUGAUAGACAUCUACAAGAGGCUCUUGGGUCUCCUUCUCAAAGAAGCCAAGAGAGAGAAUGGUAAAGAGGAAGCCAACAAGACGGACUACUUUACGUAAUGAUUAUCAGAAAAUUGUGCUUGGAAUAUGC